AUGCUCCGCAAACUGUUCCCUGGCAAGAAACGAUCGGUUCUGGAACUAGUCUUGCGACGAUGUAAUCAUGACCUGCUUCGUGCCGUUGAACACUUUAAUGCCACACAUGCUCAAGAUAAAGCUGGGGCUAGUUCCAGUGCAAGCUUCGAAAUGUCAGUCUCAAGCUCCGAAGAGGUCGAGUCGCGUUGGUCAGCUUUCCGCCCCGUAGGUCCUAGGGGACCUCUCCUGCCAACGCUUGUUAUGGGUCGAGUGUGUGGCUCUGAUUGGCUAGUUCCACUGCCAGCAUUACCGGCUCUAUCUACACCUCUGCUUCUUCCUCUACAACAUCCACACCAACCACCAGCACCAUGUAAUCCAUGCACACCGGACUGCAGGCAGUGCAAUAUUCAUCAUUAA